AUGGCAUCUGAACGCACCAACAAAUCCGAAGAAGAGCAGCAGGCUUCCUUCAAGGAGCAGCUCGAUCGCAUUGCCGUCGCAAGCCGAGAAGGCGACCAAGAGUCCAAGCCCAACCCGAUCAUCGAGAAGAUCACGGAAUACAUCCCGGCCGCAUCCGCCAUUCUGGGCGGCGGAUCGCACCAGCAGCCGCAAGAGGAGACGAAGCCAGAGAUUCCUGGCCCGCCCAACAGGCCGGACCACGACCACAAGAUUGAGGAGUUUGUGCGGGACCAGCAUCGCAGCAACAAGGGCGAUGGAGAUCUCAGCAUGGCGAAGGGAUCGUAG